UCUAUGUGUGAGAGUAAAGUCGACUUUGCCAUCGAAAGUCUGUCGAACAAAUCAGACCAACAUGUGCUGAAUCUUCAAAAUCAUUUAGCGUAAAUUCGUUUGACACGCAUCAAAAACUGAAAACUGUAUAUGCUGCAAUAAGUCUUCCCUUUACCGAACUUGUUCUCCCCAUUUGAUUUUUCCAUCUUUUGAUCGUUAAUUCGCGUGAUGAUGGGUCAGCCGUUCCGACGUGCUUUCAUAUAUGAAACCUAUCGUCGUGUUAUCGAUACUAGCAACAUUACGCCAUUAAUUUUGAUAAGGGAAGAUUUGGUGCCCUAAUAUGAAAAGAACGAACAAUGAAUUUGUUAUGCAUUUGUGCUAACACAAAAUGGGUAUAUCGAAUUGGUUCAGAUAAUUGUAAGAUGCCAGUUAACAUAAUACUUGACAAACCAUUUACAGGAAAAAACGCAUACCACGAGGAAACGAUCCACUCGGAAAAGAAAGAAAUAGGAGCUAUUCGAAUAUCGGAAAUUGGAAAGUUCUUUGCCGAGUUUGGUUCCUAUCACAAUGCUUUAGGGCUUAGCACAUGUGUUCGCUCCUUUGGGGUGCAAUUAAUAUGGUUCCUUCUCUGGCUUCUUGAUUCCUUCCUAUGGCUUCUACGCAAGCGCAUGUUUUCGAACGACCAUUUCUCUGGGAACAACGUGAGAAGCACAUGUACGCUCUCUUGCCCCAUUAUCGGUCUCCGUUUAAUGCAUUGCUUCAAGUGAUUUGAGUCUCGGUAAACAAACGCACUGUAAUGGCCAAACAGCUGAGACGAAAGUAGACCCGUCGCGCCGAGUUCGUCCGUCAUUUGCGUUAAAAUACCCGCACCGACUUUUCGUUGGUUCGUCAAUUACAAUUGCAUCGUCCAGUGUGGUGAGUUGUGAUGUGUUGUGAUCAAUUUGUGUGCGCGGAUCAAAGAACCAUGAUGCCAAAUAGCAACAGCAAUACACGAAACGCUAUCGUUCUGUGCACACAUUAAUGGAAUUUCAUUCCUUCAGUUUAUGGCUUGUGCCUGUGCCAUACCUUCAACAAUUGCUGCAUCACUCACAUCGGAACCAAAACUUAGAUGAAGCUUAGUGCAAACCAUGCGUUAAUAGCCUAAUACAAAUUCCAACGAUUAUAUAAUGUGCUACACUACACACAUUGUCGCAAAUUAACGUUUCCGACUGUUAUUGUGGCAGCAGCCAGCUGAUCGUCGUCGGCAUCCGGGAAUUUACCGGAUCAUCAUUACUUCGUCGACGCAGAACGUGCCACACAGAGCGGCCCUCAUUAAACACCAUAGGAUUUUAAUCGAUAAAGUUCAAUCAUUACCCGGACGAAAUCUGUGACACAAUUCAACUAUCUGCGGAAGGAAAUAGUACUACGGCGAGACAGACACCAAGUGUGAUCGAACCUUUAUUAUCAACUUCUAAUCUUGUUGUUAAUGAUCGGAUCGAUUUAACAAACCACGCAGUUCAUAAGCGUUUCUUACCAGAGAACGUUAUGCAAGUGUGAAAAAGUGAACCAUUUCUCAUUGUUGAUUCCGAGUGCCACGCGUGACACGCUAGUGAAAAGAAAAUCGUUGCCAAUCGAGGUCGCGUCAUCGACGGUGGAUAAACGUGUAGCGUUUGACUUGUGCUGUGAACAAAAAAAUCGCACACCUCACACUUUAACAGUGCAUCACAACCAGUUGGCAACAGUAUGCUCAAUCAAAAGACGCCUCUGGAAGAUGGCAGAACAUCCAAAGAAAAACCGCAGUACAGUGAGCUGUCGUAUCUCGUCACUCGACAAUGUCUUCAGCGAGAAGACUUUAAUCAGCUUUCACAGUACGAAAGACUAAAGCCGACUGCUCUCGAUUCGUUUGGAGCCACCGUGCGAAACGUCAAGUGCCUUGCAACAAUCAAAGGAUUUUUUCCGAUUCUACAAUGGCUUCCAAAGUAUUCGAUAAAAAACGAUCUACUUAGCGAUAUGACUGCGGGAUUGACGGUAGCUGUGCUUCAAAUACCUCAAGGAAUGGCGUAUGGAAUAUUGGCAGGCACUGCCGCCAAUGUUGGACUCUAUAUGGCCUUCUUUCACUGUCUUGUUUAUGCUGUGUUCGGCACAUCGCGCCAUAUAUCGAUGGGAACGUUCGCAGUAACAAGUCUAAUGACUGCCAAAAUAGUAGCAACCUACUCAACAGUUAUACCAACGCUGGCGUCCAACGGAACUGACAGCAUAGUACCGGCGUUAACUCCAACGGAAGGUGCCAUAUAUACACCGAUACAAGUAGCUACAGCAGCAUCCUUUGUAGCCGGAGUAUUUUAUUUUAUCAUGAGUGCAGCUCGAUUGGGAAUCCUAUCGUCGCUCUUAAGUGAACCACUCGUCAGUGGUUUCACUACGGCCGCAGCUGUUCAUGUGAUGGUUAGUCAGCUGAAGGAUCUGUUGGGUGUAUCUAUACCACGCUAUAAAGGUACCUUCAAAGUGAUUCUUUCGGUACGCGACAUCAUCGAUCAAGCACCGAACGCGAAUCUUACGGCCGUGUAUACCUCCUUGGUUGUUAUUCUGUUCAUGAUUUUUAUGAACGAAUAUUUUAAGCCCUGGCUUUCUACCAAGUGUCGCUUUCCAGUGCCUGCCGAAUUGAUGGCCGUAGUCGGAGGUACCGUGGCCUCAUAUUUCAUUGGACUUGGCCCGAACUUCGACGUUGGUUUAGUUGGAUUGAUACCGACCGGGCUUCCCGCACCAGAAUUACCACCGCUCGCGCUUGUAAAGGCAGUUGCCGUUGACAGUAUAGCAGUAACCAUUGUCGGUUAUUCGAUCGUCAUGUCGAUGGGGAUGAUCUUUGCGCAGAAGGACAACUACGAAGUGCGCCCCAAUCAAGAGCUAGUGGCACUUGGGUUCACCAACAUUGUGGGCUCUAUGUUUUCCUGCAUUCCUACUGCUUGUUCUCUGUCGCGUUCUUUGAUCCAGCAUCAAACGGGAGGCAAAACGCAAAUAGCCGCGGUCUUUUCCUCGAUGAUCAUGCUUGUCGUUCUAUUGUGGAUCGGACCAUACUUCGAAAGUUUGCCUAGAUGCGUCCUGGCAGGCAUUAUUGUCGUUGCACUGAAAGGCAUGCUGAUACAGGUGUACCACAUCAAAAAGUUCCACCGUGAAGGCAGUCUAGAAUUGUUCGUAUGGUGUGUGACCUUUCUUUCGGUCGUUAUUAUUGAUAUCGAUAUCGGUUUACUGAUCGGUGUGGUGAUAUCGCUGAUUUCACUUUACGUGAAGGGCUGGAAAACUUACUAUAGCCUACUUGGUACUGUGCCGGAUACUGCGAUCUAUGUCGACAUCGGAAGUCACCAACGUGCCGAGGAGCUUCCGCACAUCAAAAUAUUCAAGUAUACCGGUUCAAUCAAUUUUGCCAACAAGAGCAACUUUAAGAAAGCGCUGUAUAAAGAAACCAAAGUACUUCAACGCGCCAACGUAUCGCUAAUUCCUCGCUACAACGGCGAAACAACGGGACUACAAUCCACCAAAGCGAUUAUUAUCGACUUAAGCAGUGUGCCACACAUAGAUACCGCCGCAUGUAAAAUGUUUACAGAAGUUAAGACCAAUUUAGAGAAACUCAGCAUCAUACUGUUGUUGGCUACCCCAGCUGACUGUGUGUAUGAUGCUUUGUUGCAUGCGGAAUCGAUAGGAGAAGGUGGUUUUAACAUUUUCCCCACAAUCCACGACGCAGUUAUCUACGCCCAGGGAAACGAGUCUGCCGUGUAGCGUAGACUCUUGUAAAUUCGUUGAUAUAAAGCAAAUCGAAAUUUGUACGUGCCUUCUACGAACAAAUCUAAAAGCAACAGUUCUCGAUACGACAAAGGACUAACCUGAUAGAAUUAGUGAAUAAAGCAUCAAAAGAAUGGUGCAAUAAGUUUGCUCACACCGACGGUAUAGACUCUCGGUCACCACAAAGAAUACCGACCGAUAGCUCCUAGGCGCAUGAUACAGUUACAAGUACUUUAUUUUUUAUGUUAACAAGAUUGCUUUUAAGAUGCAUCCUUCUUAACAUAUUAUUUUCCAUUCUUGCAAGUAAGUACAAUCUACACGGGUUCUCUUGAGUCUCGACAGCUCCGCACGGCAUAUUUGUCGCAUUCUGGCGGACUGAUAUGAUUUAUUAAAAUACAUUGAUUGUACAAAAUGUAGGUUAGUCUGAAUCACCGACAUUAGAAAACUUUUUCACAAUAAACAGGCGUCCUUUUU